GUUACUAAUUCCGAAAUGCCAUCUUUUAAAGUUAAAGUCAAGUGGGGCCGUGAACUAUAUCCGGAUAUUGAUGUCAAUACUGAUGAAGACCCAAUAUUAUUUAAAGCUCAACUUUUUGCAUUAACGGGAGUUCAACCGGAACGCCAAAAAAUAAUGUGCAAAGGCGGCAUACUUAAAGAUGAUGAAUGGAAUUUACAAUUAAAAGACGGUGCCGUAGUCUUAUUAUUGGGUUCUAAGGAUAAAGUUCCCGAAAUGCCCCAAACACCAGUUAAAUUUAUUGAAGACAUGAACGACGCAGAAGCAGCCACCGCGAUGCGCUUACCUGCCGGUUUAACUAACCUCGGCAAUACAUGUUACAUGAAUGCCACUGUACAAUGUUUAAGGGCUGUUCCGGAACUACGAAAAGCUUUGGAAAAAUUUCAACCUGAUAGCUCUGACGCCACUUCAUAUGCAUUUACUAUUUCAUCAGCUAUGAAAAUAGUGUUUGCACAGAUGGAGAAGGGAACAACUAUUACACCAAUUGUGCUGUUGCAAGCCCUACAUAGGGCAUCACCGCAGUUUGCACAGACUGGAGAAAAUGGCACCUAUCGGCAGCAAGAUGCCAAUGAAUGUUGGUCUGAAAUACUGAAAAUGUUACAGCAAAAACUUUUACCAUUAAAACAAGAGUUAGGUGAAGCUACCGAUAAAAAAGUUCAUAACUCAUUCAUUGAACAAUUCUUUGGUGGAACUUUUGAAGUCAAAAUGACUGCUGAUGAAGCUCCUGAUGAGCCUGUUACGGUUUCAACAGAAAAUUUUUUGCAGCUCAGUUGUUUUAUAUCGAUGGAAGUUAAGUAUAUGCAAAGCGGCCUCAAAUCGAAAAUGAAGGAGCAAUUGGUAAAGAACUCGAAUACGCUGGGUCGUGAUGCACAUUAUACAAGAACUUAUUUGAUAAGUCGACUUCCAGCAUAUCUUACCGUUCAAUUUGUCAGAUUUCAAUAUAAAGGAAAGGAAGGCAUAAAUGCAAAAGUAUUGAAAGAUAUCAAAUUUCCAAUUGAUUUCGAUGCAUUUGAGCUGUGUACGCCCGAUUUACAGAACAAACUAUGCCCCAUGCGAUCCAAAUAUAAGGAUCACGAAGACAAAAAAAUGGAUGUCGAAACACAGAUAAAUAAGACAGCGAAAUCUUUGGAAGUCGACGGAGAAGAUGAUGAAACAAAAUAUGAGCAAUUCUGGUUUGAUAAUGAUUUGGGCAGCAACAACUCUGGUUAUUAUACACUUAAAGCUGUUCUAACUCAUAAGGGUCGCUCGAGUUCAUCUGGUCAUUAUGUGGCCUGGGUACGCUCAAAUGGUGAUGUUUGGUAUAAGUUCGACGACGACGAUGUGACAUCUGUUACCACUGAUGAGAUAUUACGACUGUCUGGAGGUGGUGACUGGCAUUGCGCUUAUGUUUUGUUGUACGGACCUAAACGUUUAGAAAAGUGCUAGUAUGGGUUUGCAUUGAGGAUACCAGAUUGUUAACCAAAUUUAUAAAUUAAAAUAUUAAAGAAUCCUAACGCAAA